GGGGGCAGCCGGCACCGCCGCCAUGAAGCUGGAGGUGUUCUCGCAGCAUUACGAGGACAAGCUGAGCGCCGGCAGCGAUCAGGAAGGUAGCGGCUCCCUCUCCCCGGCGCCGGCUGAGAGCGAGCUGGGCUCGGACGGUGACUGCGCCGCCAACAGCCCGGGUGGCGGGGCCGGGCGGCCGGGGCAACCCCCGCCACCACCCCCCGCCUCGCAGCUGCCGCAGCCGCCUCCGAGCGAGAGCGGCAAGGGGAAGCCCUACACGCGGCGGCCGAAGCCACCCUACUCCUACAUAGCGCUGAUCGCCAUGGCCAUCCGAGACUCGGCCGGCGGCCGCCUCACCCUAGCCGAGAUCAACGACUACCUGAUGAGCCGCUUCCCCUUCUUCCGCGGCGCCUACACCGGCUGGCGCAACUCGGUGCGCCACAACCUCUCCCUCAACGACUGCUUCGUCAAGGUGCUGCGCGACCCGGCGCGGCCCUGGGGCAAGGACAACUACUGGAUGCUCAACCCCAGCAGCGAGUACACCUUCGCCGACGGCGUCUUCCGCCGCCGCCGCAAGCGCCUCAGCCGCGCCGCCCCGCCGCCGCAGCCCGCCCGCCCCGCCGCCGCCCCACCGCCGCCGCAGGAGGCGGCCGGAGCGGGCGCCGCGUCCCCCGGCGGAUCCCCGCGGUGCUGCUGCGCCUGCUCGCCCUGCAACUGCGGGCCGGGCACCGCCGCCAAGGAAGCAGCAACGGCGGGCGGCGGGGCGGCGGCGGGGGGCAGCGGCACCAAGUUCUCCAGCUCCUUCGCCAUCGAGAGCCUGCUCAGGCGGCCGGCGGGGCCCCGCGCCGCAACGCAGCAGCCGCCGCCGAGGCCCGCCCGCCUCCUCUGGCCGGCGCCGCCCGCGGCUCCGCACCUGCUGCCCGGCCCCUAUCCGCUGCUCCCCUACCCACCUGCCGCGCAGACCGCGUCCGCCGCCGCUGCCCUCUACGGCGGGGGGCUCCUCCAGCUUUGCGCCUACGGGCUGGGGGAGCCGCCUCCGCCGCUGCUGCUGGGGGGCGGGCGGCAGGCGCUGUCCCAGGGUGAGCCAACGCCGGCGGAGCGGCCGCGGGCGCCGCUCUUCCCCGUCGGCCUCCCCAAGGGCGGGCGGGGGCCGCCGCCCGGCUCUCCUCUCUACGGGCCCCUCCGGCUCGCCGGGCCGCUGCAGCCGGCGGCGGCAGGGGGCUCGGCCGCGUUCCACCCGUACGCUGUAGAGACCCCCCUGGCUUGACGAAGCCCCCCUUCUCCCCUGCAAGGGGCCUGCCUGGGGAGGCGGGGAGGGGGGAAGGAGGACGCUCUGGAUCCCGCACUUUAACUCCAGAGGCGACCAAAGCCUCCAAGCAAAAGCCUCGGUGACUGUGCCUUAGUGAUAUGACAGUGGGGUUAACUUAAACCAAAAAAAAAAGGAGGAAAAAAAAAAAAAGAAAAAUUUCAAAAAAUCCCAAAACAGCUGUCGGUUUGGACAUAGCCAUGAGCCUCAAGUGCUUCUUACUGUUCGUUGAGACUACUUGACUUCGGCCACUCCCUCACCACUUGCUUACCACCCUCCCCCUUGCCCCUGCACCUCCUGCCACCAAAGCCUUGGGCAGCCGCGCAGGGGUGCGCUGUGCGCCUGGGGGGACGGCCGGAGGCUCCUGCCGGGGCGAGAAAGGGAGGGGGCCGGGGGCUGCUGCAGAGCCGUAGGACUGUACUGCAAAGCAAUGCAUCACUGUGCCAAAAGAAACCUUUUCUCCUGUCCGGCAACUAGCAUUUCGUGGGAAGGGAGAACAUUAAGUUAUUUAUAAAAGUAGUGUUUUUAACACAAAGAGUGUGCAGCUUUUUUAAUUAAUUAUUGUUCUGGGGGGUUGGGGGGCGGAAUGGGGCAAGGGCUCAAGGAAAUGUCAGGCGUUGUCUCCUGUGCUGGUUGGCGUUGUACAUUUAAGGCCAAGACCGCCGCUACUGGAAAGAGAAAUUUUGUUUUUCGUAUUUUAUUUUUGUGUUUGUAUAUAAUGUAUGUGCGUGUGCAUUUUAUUGACCCUCGGCCACAUGGUUUUCUCACCCUCUUUCCCCCUUCGUUUUUUUUUUUUUCUCCUCUCCCCCGAAUAAAGGCUGCCCCCCUAAAUAAAGACGGUAAUUAAUAAGGA